UUUUUUAGAAUAUUGAAUUUAAAUAUGUUUGAUUCGCAUUUGGAGUCACUGAAGUUGUGAUCUAGCUCAUCUGAAAAGGUUAAUGAAAGUGAGAGACUUGAAGAGGAGAAAGUAGUCUCUGGUGAUUAUAAAGAAGUUCCGACUCAAUUAGAAGAUUAUAUACUCAAAGAUAGUCUUUAUACAAAUUCCCGCGAAAAAAACUUUGGAAUUAAAACGGCGCAAUUUGAAGCAAAUUUCGAUACCUUCCAACCUCGCUCUCCAGAAAUUUCAGUCCAGAGGAGGGAUUCUCCUACCAGAGAAAAGCUGAGGAUUGCGAAUGAGAAUCUCAAUUCAAUACGUAAGUCAUUAUCUCCAGCCAGAACAAACAAUCUGAGCGAUCAUGAUCGUAUCAGUGAUAUUGGAGAUAGCCCAGAAGAAGAGUUUUGAACAGAAUAUCGGAGAGCUAGAAAUUUCCAUCAGAAUAAAGAUACUUCAAAAGUCUCUGAGAUCAAAUCAGAGAUAAACAACUUGAUGGAGAAAAUGGAUAAUGCAAGCAAGUCUAUCUUUGAAGCUUAUGAUUUUAAAGAUACGGCUAGGCCUUUAGAUUUUAACCAAGAAACUGAGAAUAUUAAUCAGACUGACCCAGUUGAUUCUUUGCGUGAAAUAGAGCCAGCUGAUCCAGUUCUUCUAAGCUCAAAUUUAAACCCUCAUGAUGGGAAAGCUGUAUGUAUUGAACCAAAGAGUUUUAUCCCUCAACCUCAUCCACAAUCUGAAAACCAUCCACCAAAUAUCACCUCCAUCCCUCACCCUCCAAUUGAUUCAGAAAAAGAAGCCCAAAUUCAACUUCUCCAACUCGAAUUUCAGAUUUCCAAAAGCCAGAAACAUCUUUCUCACCUCAUCUCUGCUUACAAGACCCUUCAAAACCCCUCAAAUCCACCCCAAACCUCUAAAAUCAUCCCAACUCCCUCACCCCCUCUUCCCACUCAAAAACCCCAUCCGGUCCCCCAUCUGGACCCAAAAUCGCUCCAAAAACAGCUAAAAACGUCCCAAAAGACCAUAAAGACCCUCACCGCCAAGAAUUCCACCCUUAUCGCCACAAUCAAGCAACAAGAGAAGAACAAGCGCGCCUUUGAAUCACAGAAAUAGAGUCAUGGAAUCACUCAAGAAGAAAGAGAAGAAGUUUAGGGAAGAAAUGAGAACCAAAGUAAGGUCAAGGAGAGAUUUAUAGGUGACAAAACUUGAAACGAAAGUUGAGAAAUUGAGUAAGGAAAAUCAAUUAUUGAAGACACAUAAUGAAAGUCUCCUCAAAUCCCUUGCGAGGAAGAAUAGCAAACCUGGGGAAGAUCCUAAUCUGGAUAGUGAGGAUAUAGAGCAGAUUAGCCAGUUUAUGCUCAAGUUUUACAAAUAA